UACUUCGAAUCAUAUUUUUCUUUCCUUGUUCUAGCUUCCUCUCUCUCGCGCGUUCUCGGGCAACGUUUGAAUUUCCGGGUUUUUGUUUUUUUCCCUGCGGUUGUGUCUGUGCAGUAUUAGUCAAUGGAUACACCAACGAGCCCUGCCGGAGACGGCGGAGAGAGUGGCGGCUCGGUCAGGGAGCAGGAUCGGUCCCUGCCGAUUGCGAACAUUAGCAGGAUCAUGAAGAAGGCCUUACCUCCCAACGGGAAAAUCGGCAAAGAUGCUAAAGACACUGUUCAGGAAUGCGUUUCUGAGUUCAUCAGCUUCAUCACCAGCGAGGCCAGCGAUAAAUGCCAGAAAGAGAAACGGAAGACAGUGAAUGGAGAUGAUCUGUUGUGGGCUAUGGCAACAUUAGGUUUUGAGGAUUAUCUCGAGCCCCUAAGGAUAUACUUGCAAAGGUACAGAGAGUUGGAGGGUGAUAACAAGGGAUCAGCAAAAGGUGGAGACAGUUCUAAUAGAGAUGGUGCUGGGGGUUUUCCCGGCCAAGACAUGCCAAGCUGGUAAAAGAACUCACAAGUUUGCCUUUUACGAGGUCAAGAACUAUGCCAACGACCAAGGGGGAAGGGUUUGGUCGCAGGUUAUGAUCAUUGGCUUGGAGACUCCGUUUGUUUGUAUGAAUGGGCUGAUGAUCUGAUCGACUCUUCUUGAGGGUUGUUGGUUCAUUUGUUUUCUUCUCCUCUCAUUGUAUCGCCGCUUUCUUAUUUUUUGGUAAUCGUAACAGUUAGUGAUUGGGGAUUAGUUUUGAUGAUUGAGAUAAUUCGAUUUUAAUGUAAUGAUUUCGCAGUUUUACGCAUU